GCUUGAUCCUCCCACAAGUCACAGCAGCAGGGCGGGGAGGGACGGUGACCUUAUAGCCUCUAUCGUGGCACCAGUGCAGGGCUUUAACCAGCCGAACCUGCAGGGACAAGCUUAAUAGUUGUGUGACUUUUGUUGUUCUUGGUUAGAUUAGCAGUUGCUUGUUGAGGUUUUAUUACCCCAGCAGCCAUGAGUAAGGACAAGCAGAGCAAGCAGGUGCCGGAGUGCACCGGACCUCUGUCCCCAUCCAAAGGCCAGAAACCCCCGAGAAUGCCCAAGUGCUCCCGGUGUAGGAACCAUGGCUACGUAUCUCCUCUAAAGGGACACAAACGCUUCUGCAACUGGAGAGACUGUCAGUGUCCCAAAUGCAAACUGAUAGCCGAGAGGCAAAGAGUCAUGGCGGCCCAGGUUGCCCUGAGACGGCAACAGGCUCAGGAGGAGGAGCUUGGGAUUUGUAGUCCGGUGGCUCUCACUGGCCCUGAGGUGAUGGUGAAAAAUGAAGCUGGAGCGGACUGCUUGUUCUCUUUGGAGGGACGAUCUCCAACACCAACCAGUACCUCUACUUCUUCUCAUGCUGUCACAGGGAGUCGCUCAGCAUUGUCCCCUAGCCCGUCAGCUGGUGCCCGGGUUCAUUCUGAGGGAUCGGCAGACCUGCUGCUGGAAACUUCCUACUACAACUUCUACCAGCCUUCCCGCUACCCCACCUAUUACGGCAACCUCUACAACUACCAGCAAUACCAGAUGCCCCAUGGUGAUGGCCGUGUGUCUAGCCACAACAUGUCUUCUCAGUACCGCAUGCAUUCCUACUACCCGGCAGCCACCUACUUGAGUCAGAGCCUGGGUUCCACCACCUGUGUGCCACCCCUCUUCAGCAUUGAUGACAACAACAACAACAACAACAACAACAACUGCUCUGAGACCUUGGCAGCCUCCUUCUCCCCCAGCAGCAUCAGCACUGGUCACGACUCCACCAUGACCUGCAGGUCCAUCAGCUCCCUGGUUAACUCCAAUGUCAACGCUGAGUGCGAGGUCGGCAGCGAAACGCCAAACUUCACCAUCGACUCCAUCAUUGAUGGGGACGCCACCAAAUAAAAGAAGCUAAGGAUAACUUUACACAACAAAAGCAUUACGAGAUCUUCAUGGUUCGCUGUUGCUGCAGUUACUGUUCGCUGCAGGUUUCUCUGUUUCUGUCCAGAAGGCACGAUAAUGUAUUUUCCAAACCAUAGUUGAGAAUACAGGUCGUCUUCGGAUUUUAGCUCAUUUUUAGCUGUUAAAUGUUUUGUUGAAGCCAGUUAACCAGCAUAGAAAGUGCUCGGAAAGUAAAAAACAUUUACAAGUUCACAAAUAACAACAUGCAAUUACUUGAGAAGCAUUCUCCAGAAGAUAAAAAUAACCAAACAUACAUUGAAUAAGUCUCUUGAUUAUCAGUAAUCAAGAACGGACCAAAUUAUUCAAACUAGAAGGUUGUACACUAGUAUUUCCUCUUGAGAAUUAGGCUGUUUGCAUAAACCCUUUCUAAAGGCGACUAAACGUACAGUAAAUAAGUGACGUGUUGUGUUUUUUUUGUGUUUAAAAAAAAAAGUUGUACACUUGUUUUUCCUUUUUGGAAAGCAACUGUUUAUGCAAAAUAAAGUAUUUUUUUAUCAUCCUAAAGAUAAAGUGACGCAACAUGCUGAAUAAUGAUAUUUAAAUCCUUUUCUAGCAUGCAGUAAAAUUGACCAGUGCAGUUUUGACACAGUAUGGUUAGAUAUUAGUCGACGAUCUUUU